AAAAUGAAAACCCUUUAAAUAAUAAAUGGUACGAAAAAGAAGAAGAAAAAGGAGUCUCAAAUUUUCAAGGAAAGCGAAAGCCCAAAAAACCACAGCUGUAAAUCCACGUUUUUUAGCAGGAACUGGAUCCCAUCUCCUCAUAUCUUGUGGGGUUGUUAAUUUGUUUCUGUGGUGUUUUGCUGUUUGGGUUCCUUGUCCUCCUCCUCUGUUUGUGUAAAUCUUUGUUUGUUUGUUGUGUGUGCAGUGCAGUAGUUGGUCUCCCAAAUCGAGGUUGAGAUUUAUUCUCUUUUCAUAGCUCCCUUUUCUUGCUUCUUUUGCCUCUGCAUUUUCUCAUUUGUCCAUCCAAGUAUCCAUGUUCAGUCACCUCAAAAAUCCCACUGCUACUUCUCACUGAAUUAAACCUACUUCUAUAUAACUACAUAUAUUAACCUGUCAUUCUGUUACUGAUCCUCUAAUUGCUUUUACAACACAAUAUAUACACUUUUCACAUCUAUUAAAUUGCCCCCCACACAUUUUAGUCCCUCUCUCUCUCUCUCUCUCUCUCUCUCUCUCUCUCUCUCUCUCAAAACUCUCAAAGCUUCCUCUCCAUUUCCACUUAAAUGGCUUGCUUACACCAUCACACAAUUUCUCUUCUGUUUCUCUUGAUUCUGAGCUCAACCCAGUUAACCCAGUUGAGAUUCAUGGCUGAAGGUAGAGCAAUUCACAACAGGGUUGGCAUUUCCCAGGCAGGAAAUGAAGAGAAGAAAGUGAUUGUAAGAGGGCAGAUAGGCUCAAGGCCUCCAAGGUGUGAGAGAAGGUGCAGUUCAUGUGGGCACUGUGAGGCCAUUCAAGUGCCUGCAAACCCUCAACUCAAAUCAAGCAACAAAAACUCCUCUUCUGUUGCAUCCACCAUUGCUUAUGCCAGAGGUGAUGAAAACUCCAGCAACUACAAGCCCAUGAGCUGGAAAUGCAAAUGUGGAAACUCCAUCUUCAACCCCUGAUCAUGAUGAUUAACUUUUUUUAAUUAUAAUUAAUUAUGGUUAAUUUAUAGGUUAUGGAGCAUAACCCAUUUUUGGAUCCUGUAAAUGGAGGAUAAUUAUGAUCUUACUACCCCAAAAAAAAAAGAAGGGUUAAAUAUCGUUCCUUUGGCCAUGUAAUUUCCCCUGUUUUUAUUAGCUCUGUCUGACAUCUCUGAUUAGCAUAUAUACUUAAUGCAA